ACAUUGCGCGCUGCUUCUUUUUUUGGUUGCUCUCUGCGACUUUUGUACGCGAUUUACGUAAUCCGGAGACUCGGAGGCAGCGAGACGAAGAUCGCCAGUGAAUCACCCACGCGAGCGCUCAACAAACCAGUAUUUCCUCGGCGGCGAUGUCGCGAUCCGCUCAAGAAAUGGCGGCGCUGCUGCGGGGACUGCGGAUUUUGGUGGAGGCGUGUGGGCGCGAGCAACUCGCCCACGGCCGCCAUCUGUGGAGCAACUCGAGCAUUCGUGAGCUAAUCGCCGAGAAUGCCGCGCACACCUCGCAGCUGGUGAGGAAUUCCAGCAAAAAUCCCACCGAGGAGCUGAAGAAACUGCAGCAAUCCCUUCAAGAAACCGGCGAACGGGGCUACGUGGUGGCCAAAGGACUCUGCUCGCUGCUGGAGACCAAAAUCAAGAUGUCACGCGAGGAAUCCGCCACCUCUGAUCCCUCACCAGCCAGUGGUCCGCGAAAAACCUCAGCCACAGCACAAAACCAGGUCAAUUGGGACGCCGCCAACCUGGACAUAUCCUCCAUAACGCUCCAGGAGUUCGAGGACAUACUCUCGCGUAGAAACAAGGAUCGCAGUGUUAGUCUUCGCACUGCGGCCACCAAAAGCAGCCAGAGUAUGCCCCAAAAAGGGAAGGAAGGCCAGGUUGAUCCGGGAAUCAUUACCCAGGACACCGAAUAUGUCAACAAUGUGCUGCGAUUUGUGGCGGGAGCCAAGGCGCAGGAGGAACCCGAUACGGAGGUCAAGAAGAAGACGGCACAGCCGGGCAUUGAUGUCCCCGAACUGAGCAAAGUGGCCAAACAGCGGAAGGUUCCCUCCUCCCGCAUUGGCAGGAUGGCCUCCUUUGGUGGCCUGUUCGCCGGCCUGGGCAUUGGCACGCUCAAUGAGCUGACCAAGGGUGCCCUGGGUCUGGGCGGGUCCACCACCAUGCGCGAGGCCCUGCUGAGUCCCGCCAAUGCCGAGCGCAUUGUGGAUACCCUGUGCAAGGUGCGAGGUGCUGCCCUGAAGAUCGGUCAGAUCCUAAGCAUCCAGGACUCCAGCGUGGUGUCGCCGCAGCUGGCCAAGGCGUUCGAGAGAGUGCGCCAGGCGGCGGACUACAUGCCCGACUGGCAGGUGGAACGGGUGAUGAACACCCAGCUGGGUGCGGAUUGGCGACAGCGGCUGCGUAUGUUCGAGGACAAACCCUUUGCGGCCGCCUCCAUUGGCCAGGUGCACCGGGCCACCCUCAGCGAUGGCAUGGAUGUGGCCAUUAAAAUCCAGUAUCCCGGCGUGGCCCAGAGCAUUGAGAGCGACAUUGACAACCUGGUGGGCAUGCUGAAGGUGUGGGACGUCUUUCCGCAGGGCUUCUUCAUUGACAAUGUGGUGCGCGUGGCCAAGCGGGAGCUGCAGUGGGAGGUGGACUAUGAUCGCGAGGCGGAGUAUACGGAAAAGUUCCGCCAGAUGAUCUCGCCCUAUCCGGAGUACUAUGUGCCGCGGGUGGUGCGCGAUCUGACCACCUCCAGUGUGCUGACCACCGAACUGGUGCCCGGCGUGCCGCUCGACAAGUGCUUUGAUUUAAGCUACGAGCAUCGUGCCCACAUAGCCGCCUCUGUGCUGAAGCUCUGUCUGCGGGAGCUCUUUGAGAUCGAGUGCAUGCAGACGGAUCCCAAUUGGUCCAACUUCCUGUACGAUGCGCCCAGUCGCCGGCUCAUGCUGAUCGAUUUCGGUUCGACGCGCUUCUACCGGCACGAGUUCAUCCGUAACUACCGGCAGGUGAUCAUGAGCGCCGCCGAGGACAACCGGCAGGGCGUCCUGGAGAUGUCCCGGCAAAUGGGCUUCCUCACCGGCUACGAGACCAAGCAGAUGGAGCAGGCCCACGUGGACGCCGUGAUGAUUCUGGGCGAGAUCUUCCGCUACGACGGGGACUUCGAUUUCGGCAAGCAGAACACCACCGAGCGGCUGGCCGCCCUGGUGCCCACAAUGGUGGCGCAUCGUCUGUGCCCGCCGCCCGAGGAGAUCUACUCCAUUCACCGCAAGCUCUCGGGCAUUUUCCUGUUGUGCGCGAGACUCAAUGUGCGCAUGAACUGCGUUCCCUUCUACAAGGACAUCGUUCUGGGCAAAUUCAAGGACUAACGGGGAGGCUUCACUUGGUUUUCUUAAUCCCAUCCCAGUGGUUACACUCAAGUGCGCUUAGUUUGUGAAAGCAAUUUGCAGAUGUUGAUAUAAUAACUGGAUUGCUAAUCCUUGGAUGAGGACUCUUUGUCGAAAUGGCACCCAUAGAUCCUCCAUAUCCUACUGAAUUAAUAUACUAACACUUAGCACAAUGGGCCAAGCUCUGUAGUUAAGGAUGCUGAUUUAUUUUUAAUUUUUUUUUUUUGCGAAAUGGUAUAAUAAAUCUAUUAACAUAAACCUAAAAAA